AUGUAUGGGGAAGAGCAAAUAUUGUCUUUUGAAAACAAUGUAGGUCUCAAUGGUGUAGAAGACAAUAAAUUGGAAGAUGACAUGUUGGAUGAGUUGAAUAGUGUUGUUGUAGUUGAAACUUUUGAUGACUUGGGGACCGUUGAAGAUUUGAAUAAUCUAGGUAACAAAUUUGAUGAAGUAGGGCCCAUUGGUGUAGAAGAUUCAGUUGUAGUUGACCUAGAAGAUGGGACCACUGAACAUAUUGUAAGUGACCAAAAUGAUAUAUUGGAUGACACACCUUACUUGGUAAGUGUUCAAACUGAUUUAGUUGUUGAGGGACUAGAAUGUAACAAGGAAGAUGAGGAUAGUGUUUUAAAAGAGAACUUUAAGGAUUCUGGUGAUGAUUCAAUUGGAAUUACUGAAGAAAUUACUAUUGAUAUAGAUGAAGGGAAAGGAAAGGGGAAGGGCAGGGGUUAG